CCCUAUGGCGAUUGCUGGAACCAAAAAAUGUCAGACUGACAGUCGAACCUCGAAACGUUGAAAAGUGGUCGUCGGAAGAUUGCCUAAUCCAAUAAAGCUUUCUGUAUUUCACGAUCGAGAUGGCAGACAAUAAUAUAUUUCUAUUUGUGCCCAAUUUGAUUGGAUACGCUCGUGUCGUCUUGGGUAUCGGCUCCUUGUAUUUUAUGCCAACCCAUCAUGUCCUAGCUGCGUCAUUGUACAUCCUCAGUGGGUUUCUUGACGCAUUCGAUGGACAUGCCGCAAGAAUUCUAAACCAAAGUACUAAGUUUGGUGCUAUGCUGGACAUGUUGACAGACCGCUGUGCCACUAUGUGUUUGCUGGCCACUUUGGGAACAUUUUAUCCAAGCUAUCUGUUUUUCUUCCAGUUGGUCAUGGUUGUGGAUAUAUCUUGCCAUUGGAUUCAUCUUCACACAUCUGUCAUCUCAGGCAUAACAUCCCACAAAACCAUUGGUGAAGAAGAGAAUGCACUUCUGCGUUUUUACUACACUUCGAGACCAUUCCUGUUUUGUAUGUGCACCGGAAAUGAGCUUUUCUAUUCCAUGCUAUAUCUCCUACAUUUCACAUAUGGCUACACAUUUUUGGGCAUGAGCAUAAUCAAGAUGUUGGUAGUUUUGCUCUUCCCUGUAGCUGUCUUGAAGUUGCUUCUGGCCCUUAUGCAAGGAGGUUCUGCUUGGCGCAAACUUGGUUACAUUGACAUUAAGGAGAGGGAGGAAUCAGAUAAGAAGCAAUAAAUCCCUCAAUUACCUAGUCAACUUGUUUACUCUGUUAACAUAAAGUAUGCUUUGAGAUUAUUUAUUUGGUUCCAUAUAUCAAAAUUGAUUUUUUUUUCAGUACUUAAUUUGUCGAUAAUUCUAAAAAAUGUUCACCCAUUCCCAAAGAUGAAGAUACAACGCGAAAUUUCCCAGAUGACAAGAAGUCGUCAUCUGAACGAGAUUUUUAGUUUUAUCCUCGCCCAAAACGAAAAAUUAUUCUAUCUCCAUUUUGAACGUUAGUUCCCAGUCCGUUAUCCAGUGUAGCAACCGGCUGAGGAGCUUGAUUUGACCCGGGAGGAAUCCGGAACACCCUCCAUGACCAGUUGUUUUUACUGUCGUUGACUACGCUGUUCAAUCCGGUCAGUUGUGUUCCCCCAUUUGCUGCUUCCGUCGCGAACCUGUUCCAAUGCGAGAAUUAUAAAAUUAUAUCAAUGUUUACCUGUUCGAAAUACCAGCCCCUCAAUAAAAUGUAAAAGAAA